AGAAAACGUCGUUCGCACCUCCAGUGUCUGUCUACCUAUACGUCUCUCUCGACAGGCCAUGAUGUCGUCUGUGGACAUGUCGAAUGCAAGUCAAUCAUCUCAUCCCUCAUCCCAGCAAUUAUCAGGCUUUGACAACCGCUACAGCGGUCAGACCAUGCGCUACGCCGCGCCGCCUCCGCGCUCCUCCACCGGCCGAGCCAAGACGGAGCAAGUGGUGCUCGAGUUCCUGUACAAAGCCGCAGAACUCAUCGUACAGAGUCGCGUCAACUUCCACGCCGAGCCAGACUUUCGCCGCAGCAAUCGUCGAGCCAGAUUCAACCUGGACAUCGAAGAAGUCCAAGCUGUCCGAGAUUCUAUGACUCCAUGGAAAGAAGACGUGCGUUUACCUCUAACAAUUGAUAUUUUCUGGGACACAGGCAGUCGCAAGGUGCUGCUGGAACGCUGGAGCGUCACCUUCACAGCUGACGGAGAGAGCUCCAGCGCUCAUUUGGGCUCUACACAAGACGUGAUCCAGCAGCUUAAAGAAGUCUGCAAGAGAAUCAGUGUACUGCUACGUGCACUGUUCUCCUUCAUGCGGCAACUCCCAGCGCACAGACUCUUCACUCAGUCGUACCCUUCGAUGCUAAGUUACUCGAUGCACACAGCGUCGGCUAGUGCUGCGACGCGAGCGUUUGAGGCUGAACGUGUAGCCACUAGUGGAUACUCUUUUGUACCCAUUAUGACGCCGUUUGGACGGCUGAAAGUGGCUGCAGUGUAUCGACGCGACUGUGACCAAUUCACAGAGCAACAAGAGCAGGCAGCGCCGUCACGGAUUCUACCGGAUAAUUUCAUUAUCCAGGACUAUGUGCCAGGUUCACCAGAGUUGACAGCUGCUAGUGCGCCCGUCACAAGCGCAGCGAUGGCUGGUUCGCCAUUGAGUGCGACGGAUCUGCGCACGGACUCGUUUGUGCCCGUGAGCGAUACGCAGCAAUUCGAUGUUGGGGCUCUGCAGCGUCGACGAUCAUCUCCUCGGUCGAUUCCAGCUGCGCAGUUCAGUACUACGGGUCCUGUGCGUGAUGGUCUUGCAGAGGACGAUGGAGUGGUGCAGACCCAACCAGGCAUGUCGAAACCAAUGGCCAUCCCACGAAUUAGCAGUAAAGGAGGCGUCGCUACUGCUGCCGGUCGAAAUGUGGAGGCAGUACUUCAACAGGCGCACUCGUAUGGAGGUGAACAUGAUGCUCGUUUACGCGGUGCGGUUGCGAAUCCUAAUGUGGCUGCUGCGCCGUAUGGCUACGGGAAUGUGGCAAUUGAUCGCGACCAAGAACGUACGUCAUCGCCGUCUCUGGCGUUCCAACAAAGGCAGCAACAACUAUGGGAGGGCCACGCAGACCGUCACGAUACUGAGACUGGACUGCACUCGUCUCGAACAUCCUUUGACGAGGCCCUUGCUAGCCAUAGCAGCGCGGGCUAUCAUCCCAUGUCCACUCCUCCCCGUCACCCAAAGACUGUAUCAUUGCUGCGGAAUGAUCGUACGUCUCCAGCGUUGAUCCACAAACUGUUCCUUGAGAACUCUCCUGUGCCUGGAUCUUUCGAGCGCUUUGCUCUUGACACUGGGCUGCCCUCACUCGCACAACAACAUGCACCUGAACGCAGAAAGAGUUCGUUCAGUGGCGCUUUUGUCUCUGACAGUGCCGAAUCCAGCGCAACAGCAGAAGCAGACGGUGGUGCACAGAGAGCGGAGGAUGCCACGCCACUAAUAAAACCUGCAACGAAGACGGAAGCAAUCACUAUCCUUCCAAGACCGUCGCAUUCGCCCGCAGAAGGUUUGCCUGUGUUCACUGCGAGUCCUCCGUUUCAAGCCAAUCCGUGUGAACUGCUGUCCACAUCUCCUGGGUAUGCAUACACCAAGAGUCAGCUUCGUUCGAGCUCCUGCAACGUGCCCACAUUCGUCACUACCGAUCGAUUUCAACGAGGCGUCCACAACGCGAAGGAGCCUCCCUCGGCUGGUAUAAUUGCUGCAAAGCAUCGUGGGUUCUCGCCUGAUUUCGGCGACAGUGGUGUGACAGCAUGGGGAGUAUCGCCGGAUACGCCUGAUGCCUUUGGUCUCGCACUUGCUGAUACCGAAAGUUCUGUGUCUGGAGACCGCCAAUUAUUCUCGUCAGCAAAUGUGGACGCAGGAUUUGAGUCAAGUGGUGACCAAAAUGACGAUCUGGACGCGAUGAUUUUGCCAUUUGUGAUAAACGAUAGCUCGUCCAGCGCUAAUACGGCGGUGGACUCCGUCUCCACGGGCGCAGGCAGCAGUUUGAGCCGUUUAUCUGGCGGUUCGCUGGACACUGCAUCAGUUGUCAGCAUUCCUCUGAGUCCCUACCCGAUGUAUCGUUUCAGCAGAGCGAACAGCAAGCAGAUCAAGGAACGAGUCAUGCACAGCUUUCUUCCUUCGCUGCUGCAACGGCUGGGACGCACACAGUCUGACAGCUUGCCAGACAACAGAGAGCACAGCGUAGAGGAGUGA